AUGGAGAUUGCUUGGGAACACAUGAAACGUACCAAGGAGGAAUUGACUCAGCUGUACGUAGACAUCACAGGACUGAAGGAUAUGCUGGAUGAGUACGUAAUCGGUCAGGAUAGGGCCAAGAAGGUACUCUCUACUGUGGUCCAUAACCAUAUAUCUAUCGUUAACAAGAAGAGAGCUGGUUAUGAAGAAUUCAACGAAGUGAGUAAGUCAUCUAUGAUUCUGGUUGGACCUAGUGGCUCAGGCAAGUCCGAACUUAUCAAGAGAUUGGCUAAUUCUAUUAACGUACCAUUCGUUAUAGAGGAUAUCACUAAAUUCUCCAGCACAGGAUUCGUGGGUUGUAUUUAG